GCCACACUUGUCCAGUGACUCCAGUCAGUUAGUCGAGAGCCCUGAAAAGCGUUAACAACUUUGUACGGACACUUCUUCUACGGUUUGUUGAAGCAAAAUGGACUCGCAUUACAUUGAUAUAUCCAGCAAGUACAAUUACCUUUACGAGCCCAUCCAUCAACAAUUUAGAGCUCCACUUAUCAUCAAAAGACUACAACUGACACCAGAUGAUCUGCUCUUGGACAUUGGUGCUGCUACAGGUCAACAAGCUCAUCUGAUAUGGAAGCAAGUAGGACUGAAGAACCCUGUGACAUGUGUGGAGCCUUGUCACGCAUUCUUUGAACAUGCAAGCAAACUGGAUGGUAUUGUACCUGUCACACAAACAGCAGAACUGUUUUGUGAUCAUUUAGCUCAAGUCGGAAGUCAGCGGCGAUUCAACAAGGUGCUACUCUGUAGUGUAGUACACCACAUCGAUGACAUCGUAAAAUGCGUUGGACAGAUCCUCGACUACCUCCCGAAGAAUGGUGCUUGCUUUAUAAUAAGUGGGUUACCCUGUAGCGAAAAAUCCUUAUCAUCCCUACCGCUGUCAGUUCUUCAGUUGCAACACCUGAAGGAGAAUUCAAACCCAUUUGAUAUCAUAUUACCUUACGUCAAAAGCCGUGAUGACGUCACCACAGAAGUAACCAAUGAGGAGCCUACUUUCAGAAUUCCCAAAAGUAGGUGGUAUUAUAUGAUUCGAAAUCGCUAUUGGUCGUAUUUCCAUCGAUACACAGAUGAAGAGAUAGAAGAAAGCAUUAAAGAGCUGGAUAAUGGGAGAUUUAAUGGAGUCAAAGAUGACGAACUGAUUACUGUAGCAUAUGAAGCUAUUGGAGUCAAAAUGACAAAGAAAUAAGUGUUGUACUUAAUUCAUGGUUAGAAAAGAAUAUAAGACAGACAGACAGACUGACUGACUGAUCUGUAC